AACUUCAUGAUUGACAUUAAUUGACAACUUAUGUGCCAGGGAACUUGUGGCAUAAUCUAACGGCUGAUAAAUUUAAAAUUUUAAGGACUAGGUAUUUUGUAAAAUGAAUUCUUCAGAUCGAAAACCUGUAUUAGUAAAUUUAAAUAUUGGUGACCAAUUAACUUCUACAUCUUGCGGCCACGUUGUAGUGGAACUAAUAAAGUUUAUAGUUUAUCAGAGGUUACAAAUUCCCUACAGUUAUCAGUGGUUAAAGCAAGUAAUUAACAAAAAAAAGGAGUCUAUAAACUUAGACCAAAAGGAGAGUUUCCAGUCAGAAAGGCAUUUUCAUGUUGCUUCCACUGCAUUAGCUAAUCUGGAUUUCACUCUUAAGAGUAUUCUUCAAGAGAUCAGUGGUUCAUCUAUUCCUCUAGAAGUGUGUAUAGCCCUUGGGGCUACACCAGUAACCUGUAAGGAGGUAUACAGACUGCUGCUUCCAACAAUCUGCCACAAGCCACAAUGCCAUUCUAGUCUCAUUGCUACUGAUCAGAAAAUUCAAAGAAACAUCUUCAGGAGUUUAGUCACAUCAGAGGAAUUGAAUCAAGUAUUCUUCAACUCGAUCCCACCUACAAAUAUGUAUGUGUUCUUAAGAAAGAAAACAUUGGACAAUCAAGAUGCAAUACUAAGCACUAGCAAUUUUACAUUCACUGACGGAUGUAGAAUCCCGAGGAGCUCAAAAAUUGUUGUUAUAGACUUUAGAACUGACAACCCAGCUAGUGUUUCUUGCUGUAAUGACUUUCAAAUAUUUGGGGACCUAGAAAGUAAAAAAUGCAAUGAAACAAAUUUAGAUAUUGAUUAUAAUGAAAUAGAAUCAACUGAUGAUAUGAAAUGGUAUCAGUCAUCUUAUGUGAUGAAGGGAUUUAAAGACUGCAUAGUCAAUGGUAGUUCAGUAACUAACCAAUGGCUUGACUCUUGACAAAAUUAUUAUUAAUAGCUCAAUUAAUUUUAAUGUUAGUGAAUUUUGAAUGGGGAAAGAGUAAUGGUUAAUUAAAAUAUGCCAUGGUAUAUUAUCAUUAUAUUGCUUCAUGUUUUCGGUAUAAAUAGAUUCAUAAAAUCCAUUAGCCUGCUCCUAACAU